AUAUCUCCCGUUUCAUUGUUUCACAGCUCAUUUCCUUCCACUCAGGGAUGGGCGAUGGCAAAACUCCAACCUUGAUCUCCAUGGGAACAGAGUCCGAGUCUGCAUCGAAUCUAACUGCUCAUGAUGCAGCGACAGAGAAAGCCUCUUUCCCGUCGCUCGAGACAGACAAAAGAACAGAGGAGCUGAAGGCAAUAGAUGAAUGGCUUCCCAUCACAUCUUCCCGGAACGCAAAAUGGUGGUACUCUGCUUUCCACAACGUCACCGCCAUGGUUGGCGCCGGCGUCCUCAGUCUCCCCUCCGCCAUGUCAAAUCUCGGCUGGGGACCUGGUGUGGUGAUUCUGAUACUGUCAUGGAUAAUAACUCUGUACACGCUGUGGCAAAUGGUGGAGAUGCAUGAGAUGGUGCCGGGAAAGAGGUUUGACAGAUACCAUGAGUUGGGGCAGCAUGCUUUUGGAGAGAAGCUGGGUCUGUGGAUUGUGGUGCCUCAGCAACUGAUAUGUGAAGUUGGUGUUGACAUCGUUUAUAUGGUCACCGGAGGCAAGUCUCUGCAGAAAGUUCAUAACCUUUUGUGUCAUAAUUGCAAGGCCAUUAAAACUUCUUACUUCAUCAUGAUCUUCGCCUCCGUUCACUUCGUUCUCGCUCACCUUCCCAAUUUCAAUUCCAUUGCUGGAAUUUCUCUCGCUGCGGCAGUCAUGUCUUUGAGCUACUCAACUAUUGCCUGGGCUGCUUCUGUGCACAAGGGUGUUCAACCAGAUGUGCAGUAUGGGUACAAAGCCAGUACUUCACCAGGUACGGUUUUCAGUUUCUUCAAUGCUUUGGGAGACGUCGCUUUCGCCUACGCCGGACACAAUGUGGUGUUGGAGAUCCAAGCCACCAUCCCCUCUUCUCCUGAGAAGCCAUCAAAGGGACCUAUGUGGAAAGGAGUGCUCAUAGCAUACAUAGUUGUGGCCUUGUGCUACUUCCCUGUCGCUCUUAUAGGCUAUUGGAUGUUUGGCAAUGCAGUUGCAGACAACAUCCUCAUCUCUUUGGAGAAGCCAACUUGGCUCAUAGUAGCCGCAAACUUAUUUGUCGUGAUUCAUGUCAUUGGAAGCUACCAGCUAUAUGCUAUGCCUGUUUUUGACAUGAUUGAGACUGUGAUGGUAAAGAAAUUGCAUUUCAGACCCUCCCGUCUGCUACGUUUUGUUGUUCGCAAUUUAUACGUUGCAUUCACUAUGUUUGUGGGAAUUACAUUCCCCUUCUUCGGCGCUCUUCUUGGAUUCUUCGGAGGAUUUGCUUUUGCUCCAACAACCUACUUUCUCCCCUGCAUAAUAUGGCUUGCUAUUUACAAACCUAGGAAGUUCAGCUUGUCCUGGAUCACCAAUUGGAUCUGCAUUAUUCUAGGAGUUCUACUGAUGGUUCUCUCACCUAUCGGAGGACUAAGGCUGAUUAUACUCAAUGCCAAGACCUAUGGAUUUUACCAAUAAGAUGAUGCUGAUUGCCCAGUCACCAAGACCCAUCCUCUUCUAUCAUGCUACGAAUAUAAGCACUAGUGGAACCCAGUUACGUGACCAAAAUAUAUAUAUAUAUAUAUAUAUAUCAAAACACGGAGAUCUUCCUUCCCUGUAUUGCGCUUUGAUUUUCUCUGCACACGGCUUGUUUUGUGUCUGAUUACAGUUUUAAUUAUGUAUCGAUAUAUAAUAUAUGCACACUGUUCCCGGGCAGAUAUAA